AAUGCUAUCAUCGUUCAAAGGAGGCCAGUGACUGGUUUGACUGAGCUCAACAUUAAAUGGUCAAUUCAUUGUUAAAAAACAAAAAAAAACAAGGGAGGCCAAGUUGAACCCGGCUUUUUAUAUGAUGACAACUCAUCAUCAUAAAAAAACUGCCUGCACUGAGUAGCUGGUGAAACCAGUUGGCAAAUUCACCGAAUGGAUGGAGAUGGGGACAUUGAGUUUCUGAUAAAAAUGACUUUCCUAAGCUUGCUUUUGAGCUGCAACUGAAGAUAAAACAGAAAGGGAGGCCUAUCCUGAAGCUGGACUUGACCCAGAAAAAAACUGGCUAAUGGGAAACAUGAAGAUGAGCUAGCUUUUUUGCUGACCUUGCCUCCUUUUUGACCGGUCAAGCUGCUCCUUGAACAACCCCAUGGAGCACAACAGGACUGGUUCAUCUGGCAAACCUUUCACAGACUGUAGAGAGGCGUUCAAAGUCAUAUUAAAUAUGAACUUAAAUUCAAGCUCUUUGGAUUGGUGAGGAUAAACAUAUCCUCUACAAGUCAAGCCAGCAUCCAGACAGAUGGCGCGAAAAAUGGAGGGUGCAUCAAAAAAGCUGCAGUACUGGAGGCUUUAUCUGCUGAUGCUGGUGCUGGGAAUCGGGGGAUCAUUUCAAUAUGGGAUUCAAGUUUCUGUCGUCGCUUCUCCAGCAGUGCAUGUUCAGAAUUUUGUGAACCACACAUGGAUGUUGAGGUAUGGAGAUCCAGUGGACGAGUCCACCAACCAGCUCAUCUGGUCCUUCAUCGUGGCUGUGUUGAGUCUUGGAGCCUGGAUUGGAGCUAUUCACAGCGGCAGUCUUCCUGUCACUUAUGGCCGGAAAAAAACCCUUUUGUUCAACAAUGUCGUGGCGAUUGUCGCCGCCCUGUUCAUGCUCUUCAGUCGCAUGGCCAAGUCUUUUGAGAUGAUUUUGCUGGGCAGGUUUCUCUAUGGAUAUAAUGUUGGUCUUGGCCUGAGUGUUCACCUCAUGUACCUUGGGGAGAGUUCUCCAAAGAAACUCAGGGGUUUCCUGACCCUCACCACCUCAAUCUUCAUCGGUUUCGGGAAAGUUACGGGUCAGAUAAUUGGCAUCAAAGAGAUGAUGGGCACAGAGGAAAUGUGGCCGUAUCUCUUAGCUGUUAGUGGCAUUCCUGCCAUCCUGCAGUUUGGGACGCUGUUUUUCUUCCCUGAGGCACCUCGAUACCUUUACAUUGACAAAGGAGACAUUGAAGGUAGCAAACAAGCUUUGCAGUGGCUGUGGCAGGAGGAUGACUUAAAGCUGGAGCUGGAAGACAUGCAGAAAGAGAGAGAGAGCAUGCAGGGGGAGAAGGCGAAGACUGUGAAGGAUGUACUCACCUCUCGCAGCGUGAGAUGGCAGCUGCUGACUCUGGCCAUCCCCUGUGCUGGUGUGCAGUUCUGUGGCAUCAAUGCUCUGUAUUUCUAUGCUUUUGACAUCUUCCGAGAGUCUGGAGUGCCAGAAAACCAGAUGCAUUACUUGGCCAUUGGUAUCGGAGCAACAGAGCUCAUCACCGUAACACUGUGUUCUUUCCUGAUAGAUCGUGCCGGCAGAAAGAAGCUGAUGGGCUACGGCUAUCUGUUGAUGGGUGUCACCAUGUCUCUACUCACCGUCAUGCUCUCCAUCAAGGAUCUGAAUCCAUGGAUCCCAUACGUGAACAUCGGCCUUAUCUUUUGUGUCAUCUGCAUUUAUGGACUUGGACCUUCCGGAGUGUCUAUGACUCUUCCUGCUGACCUCUUCCUACAAGCAUGGCGUCCUUCCGCGUAUGUGAUCAGCGGGACCAUCAGCUGGCUCAGCAUGUUCUUAGUGGGGAUGUUGUUUGGCUACAUAGUGGAUGGACUCGGGCAGUUCUGCUUCCUGAUUUUCGUGGCUUAUUGCAUUCUCAGUGCAGCAUUUUUGUUAUAUUUUGUCCCGGAGACCAAAGGAAAGACAAUGACGGAGAUUAUGGAGGACUUCAACAAACUGAAUUACAAAAGCAGGGCUGAUGACAUUGAAAAAACUGAUGAUACUGUUGCAACUAAAUUUUAAUUUAUUUUUUUUUACAUUGUUUAUUUAUUACUUAUGCAAUUAUUUGCAUAAACCUUAAAGGUGCAGUAUGUAGAAUUUAGUGGCAUCUAAUGGAAGGGACUUGGCAGAAAUGGAAUAUAAU